CACAAACAAGUUGAAUAUUCCGGAAAUGAAUUUCAACAAUAAAUAGUUUUAACAUUUCGAUACUUUUAAAGUAUUUGUUUUAAGUUACAACGUCAUCAACCACUGCUGGUCAACCAAGAACAUGUUUAAAAGUUGCUGGAUCAUUGCUGCUGUUGUCGCAGUUCACCUGAUCGGCACAGUAAAAUGUCAGCUGGACCCAGAGAUUGUAGAUGAGAUCAUACCAGAAGUUACAUCACAGGGUGGACAGGCAAAACUUAACUGUACUGUGGUAAAUAAGCAGGAUGGUCAUACUGUAAUUUGGACAUUUUUAGAUUCAAAGUCCGGUGGUGAAAUUAUUACCAACGAUGAAAACAUAUUUGUUGAAAACAAAGUAUGUAAAGAGGGCUCAAAGAAGUACGAGUUAGCAAAGCGUGAAUUCAACAAGCGUAUAACAUACAUGUUGGUGAUAAACUGUUUAGAAGUGGUGGAUUAUGGUUAUUACAAAUGUUACAUUCAAAUCAGAGGCACUGGCUCGGCAUCAUGGCCUUCAAAAAUAGGACAUCUUAUUGUCCAAGUUCCACCAACUAUUACCAGUAAGAACGUUGCAGUGUUACAGCUGGACGUGGGUCACUCUCACAACCUUGAAUGUUCUGCGACAGGCGUACCCGCUCCAAAUAUAACGUGGGUACGGUCAGAUGGAGGACUUCUUCCUGGAUUUGAUGGCGCUCAACUAAGGAACACUGUAUUACCUUUAAAGAAUGUAACAAAGGAAGACCGAGGGCUUUAUAAAUGUAUUGCGGAUAAUCAGGUCAGGCCGCCAGAUGUAUAUCUCGUCUCACUAAGCGUCUUCUUCAAACCUGAGACACUUGCUGUACAAGAUACUGUCGGUCAGGCUCAAAAUAGACAGUUUGAUGCUAAGUUAGAGUGUCGAGUGUCCGGUUAUCCUGAGCCAGAAGUGGUGUGGUACAAAGAACCGACCAGAAGUGAAGGAAACACGCAAUUAAUGCAGCUAAAUGACAAUGAGAAAUAUGAAAUAACAAAACUCAUUGCCACAACAACAUUACGUUUCCAAGAAGCCUGGUAUGUGCUCCGAAUUAAAAAUGUGGAGGCAAACGAUUACACUAAAUAUUACUGUGUGGCAAGAAACAGAAUUGGAGAAGACAGACAAACAAUCAUUGAGCUUUUUGAAACAAUGGAGUGUCAAGGGGCCAAUUGUCCAUCUUUCGAAGCCCAAGGUGCCUCAGCAAUCUCUGUAUCGUUGUUGGCAACAGUUGCUAUGGUUACACUCGCAAAACUUAUGUUGUAGCUGUGAUCUGAUUGGCUUUUAAUGACUAUGCAUAUCUUCUCAUUUACAUAUUUUUGUUAGUAACACAUGAUUUGAAAAUGUAUUCAGAAAAUAGUAACUAAAUGUGAAAACUUAUAAAAAAUGGAUCAUCUAUUAUUAUUAAGAAUUUAAAAUGUCUUUAUUCAGUAAUAAAGAUAAUGAAUGGUUGAGGAAAGGAAUGAAAUGUUUCUGUAAAGAAGCUUAUAACAUAAUAUUUUUUUUAUUUAUACUUCAUUUAAGGUGUAUAAUCAAGUUAUAUAUAUAUAAUUUUAUUUUUUUGCAAUAUUUGAAAUGUAAACAGCAAAAUAUGUUUGCCAUGUUAGCAUCUGUUUCAUAGAAUAAAGUAAUGAAUUAUACGUUCGGCUCAAACAUGUCAAAAAUUUAUUUCUUUUAAAUGUUAUAGAUAGAUCAUGGUACUCGUACAUUUCAAUAAUUUGUUAAUUUUAUAGCAUUUUUAGUUUGCAAUCAAUAGCUCUUUAGAACUGCAGAAAAUACACAAUAUAGUGACAAUAUUCAAAUAGAAAAAAAUAUAUCAAAAUAGAAAAAACCUGAACAUUUUUGAUAAAUUGAAAUAGAAAAUCAUGAACAUUCCUGAUUUUUUAAAGUUCUUCAAUGUUAUCCAUUUUUGUACAUACAUGUAUAUUAUAAAUUGUAGAAACAUUUAUACAAAGUUACAUAUCAUACCAAUUUUAUAAAUAUUAUAUUUUUAUACAGGGACCCUUCUGUUCAUGCUAUCGUCAUGUUUUUUUAAAAAUUCAUCUUCAUUUGUAUAAUAAGUCAAAAUUUCAUAUUUUCUCAUCCAUUCAUUCAUUUAUACAUUCAAGUAUGAAAUAAUCCAUUAAAAUAAAGUUUUAGUUAAAAGUUCAAUACACAAGAAAUAUAAUAAAUUAUUACAAGAAAUGUUUGGGAAAAGGGUUUUUGACGCAUUUUUAUAAAUUUCUAUAAAUUAAAAAGACACAAAUUUUGAAGAUUUUUUUAAAAAAAAUUAAAUAAUGUUGAUAAGGCAUUUUGGUUAAUAAAUAAAUGAUUUUUAUGAUUUGAUUUAUUCUCAACUUUCAACAUUCCUAGGAAUAUCACAUUACACACAAUGUGUAUAUUGUAAAUAUUUAUUGUAUAUAAUACUUUUUGUAACAUUCCAAAAUAAAGAUUUAUAAUUUUCA